GCGGGCUGCAGACCAGUACCUUACUGGGAGCAGAGGCGGGCUGCAGACCAGUACCUUACUGGGAGCAGAGGCGGGCUGCAGACCAGUACCUUACUGGGAGCAGAGGCGGGCUGCAGACUGGGAAUGUGCGGGGAGGGACCCCGCAACCACUGCUUUCACUCCCAGGCCCCCACGCAACUGAUGAAACUGGAUUUCCGUCCUCUCUUGGAAACGCACGCACAGAUGAGGAUGAGCGCGUAAAGAGCCACGGCCCGCGGAAUUAUCUGGAUAUUUUUUGCGUGAUGUCCCGGAGAAAGUUUUGCUGGACGAUGUUUUCGCUGCACUGGGAAGCUUUUCUGUGUAUGAAAUAUAUGUUUUUGCAUCCUCACGGGCCAUCUCGUCUGAUCUCACAGCUUCCAAUAUUUAUACCGUAGCUGGUAAUUAACAUAAUCUUAUAUUCUUGUUCAUGUGGAGAGGUGAAGGACAACACGGAGUCCGGACUUCCCCCCCAAACGCACAUUUUUUGGCAGUUCAUGAAUGCAGCUGUAAUCACCCAGGGGAGCCUCAAGUGCUUAAAUGGGUCCAUCACGGGAAAGGCACAAUCAAGCUCCUUUAUGUCUCAAGAUCAGCUGCAGUUUCUGCACAUUGUCUGUUAUGAAUAGAGCGAUCUCCAAUUGAGCCUCUUCACUUUAGAGAUUUUUUCGAUUUUCGAUUAUACAGCUAUUGAAAUUAAGACGCGCCGCGGUUUUUCCUCCCUUACCUUGGUGGCUCGGUUGCCCUUUUUGAUUGACAGAUGAAAUUGACACUCGGGUGGCCUCUUAUCAAGCGAAACAUUUCAAUCCACUGCUAAUUGCAGAUAUCGUGCCAUCCUCUCCUUUUACUCCGUUUGAUUGCAAUGCAGCCUCCCAUUGCGCCCGAGAAGAAUGAUCGAUCAUAUGUAGUUUUUUUUUUCUCCCCCACCCUCCUCCUUUUAAUUGCAUGAACAUUUCUUUUGUUGCCAGGUUUUAAAAUGCAGGAGAAACUGUAAUUCGUUGUUUUGGACCGGAUAUAGUGUGGGUUGGGGCAGAGAUGCGUAAUGCGCAAAGCAAGCUCCAUCUCCUCUCCAAAUACCGCUCGAGAACCGAAAAUGUCUAAGUCGGAGGUGAAGAAGGAGUCUGCCGAGUCCAGCCCGGAGGCCGCGUCUCUCUCUCCUCCGGCGGCCAAGAACCAGUGCGCCAACUGCGGCAUGGAGAUCCAGGACCGGUACCUGCUCAAGGUCAACAACCUGAACUGGCACUUGGGCUGUUUAGAGUGUUCCGUCUGCAGAGCAUCUCUGCGCCAACACAGCAGCUGCUACGUCAAAAACAAAGAAAUCUACUGCAAGCUGGAUUAUUUCAGUAGGUUCGGCUCCAAGUGCGCGCAGUGCGGCCGCCAGGUGCUGGCCAGCGACUGGGUGCGGCGCGCCCGCGGCAGCGUCUACCACCUGGCCUGCUUCGCCUGCUUCUCCUGCAAGAGGCAGCUGUCCACCGGGGAGGAGUUCGGCCUGGUGGAGGGCAGGGUGCUCUGCCGCAGCCACUACGACAUCAUGCUGGAGAACCUGCGCAGAGCUGCCGAGAACGGCACAGGGCUGACUCUGGAGGGAGCGCUGCCCUCUGACCAGGACUGCCAGCCCAAACCAGCCAAGAGGGCACGCACGUCGUUCACGGCCGAGCAGCUGCAGGUGAUGCAGAGUCAGUUUGCUCAGGACAACAACCCUGAUGCUCAGACGUUGCAGAAGCUGGCAGAAAUGACAGGACUGAGCAGACGAGUCAUACAGGUUUGGUUUCAGAACUGCCGCGCCCGGCACAAAAAGCAGCCGCCCCAGAGCGGCUUCUCCCAGAGCGCUCCUCUGUCCAGGAUGCCGCCGUCGCUGCCGGAGGACGUCCACUACUCCCCGUUCAGCAGCCCCGACCGCCCGCACCUCCUGGCCCUGCACGGAUACCUGGACAGUGAGUGUCAGCUUUUUACUGGCUCAUCCCUUCUCCGUCCUCGCCGCCCCGGGCCACCUGACCCACCCGGCCAUGUCUUUACCGCAGCUUCCCAUCAGCCGCUGAUCUGCUGUGCAUGCCUGUCGGUCGUGGCCGCUCUGAAGAUGUUGCAGAAAAAGACUUUGGGAAGUUCUGCCGACGGACUGGAAGCCUGGGAGCCUCGUCCGGCAGCGUGACCUUUGAUUUACAGUCGGUGGGAUUUUUCAUCGUGAAACGGCCGAUCUGAACUGUGGUGACGCCUGGAAGCUACCAUUAGUCAAGCUACAUUUUUUUUUUGUCUCAUAUGACAUAAACCCUUGCAAUCAGAUCAGGACUUUUUUGUCUUUUUGUCUUUCGUUUUCAUACGAGGCUGCACAUGAGCUUUUAAAAAAUCUGAGAAGAGGAGUUGUGGUAUCAGUAUUACAGUAAAACCUCAGCAUUGUGUGUGUGUGUGUGCGUGUGCGUGUGCGUG